AUGUUCCCGCGGAGGCCGCCGGCCUCCCUGGCGGCCUGGCUGGCGGGCGCGCGGGGCGGGGGCCUGCUGGGCCUGCUGGCCAAUCAGUGCCGCUUCGUGACGGGCUUGCGCGUGCGGCGCGCGCAGCAGAUCGCGCAGCUCUACGGCCGCCUCUACUCGGACAGCUCGCGCUGCGUCCUCCUCGGACGCCUGUGGCGCCGGCUGCGCGGCCGCCCCGGCCAUGCCUCUGCCUUGAUGGCGGCGCUCGCCGGUGUCUUCGUGUGGGACGAGGAGAGGAUCCAGGAGGAGGAGUUGCAGAGGUCCAUUAAUGAGAUGAAACGGUUGGAGGAAAUGUCAAAUGUAUUUCAGAGUUCUGCAGUCGAGCGCCACCCUCCGGAAUCGAAAUCCCAAACAAGCGGAAAUGAAGAUUCGAAAGACAAAGAAGAGCAACCCUGGGAGAUGGUGAUGGAUAAGAAACAUUUUAAGCUGUGGCGCCGCCCAAUUGCAGGCACGCACCUUUACCAGUACCGAGUUUUCGGAACAUACACAGAUGUGACGCCCCGGCAAUUCUUCAAUGUUCAGCUGGACACGGAGUACAGAAAAAAGUGGGAUGCCCUGGUGAUCAAGCUGGAGGUGAUCGAGAGGGACGUGGUUAGUGGCUCUGAGGUUCUUCACUGGGUCACCCAUUUUCCUUAUCCAAUGUACUCACGGGAUUACGUUUAUGUUCGGCGGUACAGCGUAGAUGAGGAAAACAACGUGAUGGUGUUGGUGUCACGUGCUGUGGAGCACCCUAGUGUGCCAGAGUCUCCGGAAUUUGUCAGGGUCAGGUCGUACGAAUCCCAGAUGGUUAUCCGUCCCCACAAGUCAUUUGAUGAGAAUGGCUUCGACUACAUGUUAACGUACAGUGACAAUCCCCAGACCGUGUUCCCUCGCUACUGUGUUAGUUGGAUGGUUUCCAGUGGCAUGCCAGAUUUCCUGGAGAAGCUGCACAUGGCCACGCUGAAAGCCAAGAACAUGGAGAUCAAAGUGAAGGACUACAUCUCUGCUAAACCUCUGGAAAUGAGUAGUGAAGCCAAGGCCACGGCUCAGUCCCCCGAGCGGAAGAAUGAGGGUAGCUGUGGCCCUGCUCGGAUCGAGUAUGCCUGAAGGGCUUUGGGCUGAGAAAGAACAGGUGCUUCUAGCCCUGUCUCAGUCCUCCGUCACUCUGUCACAGACUGGGGACAAGCCGCAUCUAUUAGAAGACAUUUGCUGUAACCACCAGUGAGAGAGAAUUUAAUAACCGGUGUCUGAUUUCAUUCGGAGCCGUUACUGCUCUUUAUCAAAAUGGAGAGAAGGCGGCAGCACCCAGGAAGGCGUUGUCAUGCUCUCAGGCCAACCAUGUUGAAAGUCAGUGUUGCACUGGGCUAAUCUGGAACAAACCUCUCACCUCAGGCCAGAAGGGAACGCCUUGUCUCUGCUUCCUCCGAAGUUCCUCCGCUGACAUUCCGAAUCCCACCAUCAGUUAUGCGAGUUUGGGUUUCCUUCAGUUCUGCGGGUGCACCUGGGAAGUGUAGUUGGCCAGGGAUCACUGGGGUGCUCUUGGUAACAGUCUUAGUGUGAAUGGGUGUGAGCGUUACUUGGCGGUGUUAAGUGCCUUGUCUUUACCUUGCUUUUGUUUUAGGGACAUGGAGUUUGUACAGAGAAAUUUCUUUCCUGCCUGCAAAAUUCUACCCCAUUGUCUCUCUCGUCUUACCCAAAGUAAUUUCCUUGGGGUCAGCAAGUUCCUCUGUGUCCGUGUCCUGUGUUCAUGAGAUCAUUGCCCCUUUCCUCAUCUCACUGUUUACCAAGAGCACUGGAGAGGAACCCUAGGGGACAGUGGCUUUCUAUCUCAUUAGUGUUUUGAUAGGGUCAGUGGAGAGUCUCAAAACACACUAACAUUUUAAUCUUUUAAACUUGUGUCAAAAAUGAGGCGUUGCGGAGCUGAUAGGAAUUUCUCCAUAGUCCCACUGUAUAUAAAGCACACUUUGAUCCAGUCAUUAUUUUCCAUACACAGGUUUGACUUGUCCUCUUGGGAAGACUAAAGGCAGAGGAAUGGGUGCUGGGCCACCCGCUCCGAGUUCUCAGAACUGUAGACAAGCUGUGUGAACAAGUAGAUGUAAUCUUGCCCCAAAUACUGAUAUAGUGGGGAUGCGGUUUAAAUGACCCUCUUGUUCCUCUAAAAUGUUUUUCGUUGUCUCUUUCCAGCUAAAGUAAAAGCAGACCGUGCUAUUCAGAAAAGCUCACGAACAGCCUGGCUGGGCUGGUUUUGCGUUGGUCAUGCUGCAGCCUGUUGGGAGAAUGGGGAUCAAGUGUCACCAUUUAAGUCUUCUUCCUCCCUGUUUCCUGGAGUGUAAAUAUUUAGCUAAAUUUUUCCAUCUUUUUCCCCCUGCUUGCUCUCCUUUUGUGGUGUUAAAAGGGAUCUAAACUUGAGACUAAUUUAAACCCCACCUUGACCUUCUUCUUGCCUAUUCAGUUUUGUGCCAAGGAAUAACUGCCCCGGGGUUUCAUGACGUCUCUGGGUCAUUGGCAGAACAGAGAGAUGUGUCGAGCAGUUCCAGCUCCAGCUUCUUUUCAUUAAUCAUUUUCUCUUCUUCCCAGGACCCGACAUGCCAGGGAAGAGGGACUCCCUGGUUUAUGUCCGAACUUAGCACCUGUAAUUGUGUAUGGGUGUGUGCAGGAGAGGGUGUGUGUGUGUGUGUGUGUGUGUGUGUGUGUGUGUGUAUUUGCGCGUCUGUAUGCACAGGUGCUAAGGAGUUGUGGUGGUUCCAUGUUCUGACUUAAAGGCAGUUUGACUCUGCACGAGGGGUCUGUCUGUACAGUUCCUUACGUCAUUGGAAUUUCACUCCUAACUCUGACAUUUUUAUCAGGUGUGAAUAAAAUUACAAAGAUUGAUACAAAAAA